GCUGAUCCGGGCGCAGUUACACACGUGUGUCUCCUGCAUGAGAAACAUUAGGGUUUGUGCACGUGUGUGCGGCUUUACUUCUGUUCAGAGUCUCUGAUGGAUGAUGUCAAGCUUUAAAUCGUAACCGGGGAACAAGAUGAAGUUUUCAUACAAGUUUUCCAACUUGCUGGGAGCUGUUUAUCGACACGGCAAUCUUUCCUUCUCUAAAGAUGGAAACUCGGUCAUCAGUCCUGUUGGAAAUCGAGUCUCUGUUUUUGACCUAAAAAACAAUAAGUCUGAGACUCUGCCAGUGAGCACCAACAAGAACAUUACCUCCGUCGGUCUCUCACCUGAUGGGAAUCUGGCCAUUCUUGUGGAUGAAGAUGGAGCGGCGGUACUGGUUAGCUUGGUGACUCGAGCUGUGCUUUACCAUCAUCACUUCCACAAACCUGUUCACAGCGUCUCCUUUUCUCCUGAUGGAAGGAAGUUUGUGGUGACGAAGGAGAAUGUGGUUCUGAUGUACCACGCCCCAGGAAAGAACCGAGAGUUCAACGCAUUCGUUCUGGAUAAGAGUUACUACGGACCUUACGAUGAGACAACCUGCAUUGACUGGACCGACGAUUCCAAGUGUUUUGCGGUGGGCAGUAAAGAUAUGAGCACAUGGAUAUUUGGAGCAGAACGAUGGGCUAAUCUGAUCUAUUACUCUCUGGGGGGCCACAGAGAUAUCAUCGUGGGCUGCUUUUUUGAGAAGGACAGUCUAGAUCUGUACACAGUGAGUCAGGAUGGCACUCUGUGUGUGUGGGAGAGCGACGCAGAGCUGGAAGAUUUACGCAAAGGCUCCAGAUACCUGGAACGGAAGAAGAUGGAGGAGGAGAGGAAGAGACGGGCGGAGGAAGAGGCUCAUGAUGAUAAUGAAGAAGACUGUGACAUUGUGGAGCUGGGAGAAGAUGGGGAGCCGAGGGGUGAGGUGAUUAAAGGUAGUGCGGACUCACCUCAAGAAGUGGAGGGGAUCAAAAAUGUCCGCUUCAAGCAGAAAAGCAAACACUUUUUCAGCACUGAGGGUAUCUGUGGUAACCUGACAGCAGCCGCUUUCCACAAGGACAUGCACAUCCUGGUGACGGGCUUCGCUUCUGGAGCCUUCCACCUGCAUGAGCUGCCUGAAUUUAACCUCAUUCACUCUCUCAGUAUAUCUGAUCAGAGGAUUUCAGCCAUUGCUAUGAACCCAACAGGAGACUGGAUUGGCUUUGGAUGUUCAGGUCUUGGGCAGCUGCUGGUUUGGGAGUGGCAGAGUGAGUCGUAUGUGUUUAAGCAGCAGGGCCAUUUCAACAACAUGGCCUCUCUGGCCUAUUCUCCUGACGGACAGUACCUGGCCACUGGAGGGGAUGAUGGGAAGGUAAAAGUGUGGAACACCACCAGUGGCCUGUGCUUUGUUACAUUCACAGAGCACACGAGCAGCGUCACCAACGUCACGUUCACCAAUAGCGGUUUUGUGGUGGUCAGCGCCUCUAUGGACGGCACUGUCCGAGCCUUUGAUCUGCACAGAUAUCGUAACUUCCGGACGAUGACGUCUCCACGGCCGACGCAGUUCUCCUCCCUGGCAGUGGACGUGAGUGGAGAGCUGGUGUGUGCUGGAGCUCAGGACUCCUUCGAGAUCUUCCUCUGGUCCAUGCAGACGGGACGGCUACUGGAGGUGUUGAGUGGUCAUGAGGGUCCGGUGAGUUGCCUGUGCUUCAGUCCGGUGCAGUCUGUGCUGGCCAGUGCAUCGUGGGAUAAAACGGUCCGACUGUGGGAAAUGCUGGACAGCUGGCAGACUCGAGAGAUCCUGCGCCUCACCUCUGAUGGUCUGACCGUGACGUAUCGUCCGGAUGGUCAGGAGCUGGCAGUGGCUACUCUGGAUGGAGAAAUCACGUUCUGGAACCCUCAGGAGGCAACACAGACCGGCUCCAUCAUCGGUCGCCAUGACCUUCAGAUGGGUCGCAAAGAGACCGAUAAAAUCACGGCCAAACAGUCAGCCAAGGGCAAGGCCUUCACUUCUCUGUGUUAUUCUGCUGACGGCGAGUCACUGCUAGCUGGUGGUCGUUCAAAGUUUGUCUGCAUUUACAACAUCAAGGAGCAGAUCCUCAUGAAGAAGUUUGAGAUCUCCUGCAAUAUGUCGCUGGAUGCUAUGGAGGAAUUCCUAGACAGACGUAAGAUGACAGAGUUUGGUAGUCUGGCGUUAGUGGACGAGGGAGCAGGAGAUGGAGAUGGAGUUCAUCUUACCCUGCCUGGAGUUAAAAGAGGUGACAUGAGUUCACGUCACUUCAAGCCAGAGAUCCGUGUCACAUCCCUCCGCUUCUCGCCCACUGGACGCAGCUGGGCAGCAGCUUCUACUGAAGGUUUACUCAUCUAUUCCCUGGAUGCCUCAUUGGUGUUUGACCCCUAUGAUCUGGACAUGGACAUUACGCCCACCAGCAUACGCCGUCAGCUGAAGAAGAAGGAGUGGGCUUCGGCCAUCGUCCUCGCUUUCCGUCUGAACGAAACCUCUCUGAUCAGUGAAGUGCUGGAAGCAGUACCUUAUGACCAAGUGGCUGUGGUGUCCAGCUCCCUGCCAGAUGUGUACGUGGAGAAGCUGCUAAACUUUGUGGCCUCGUCUCUAGAGAAGUCCAGGCACCUGCAGUUCUACCUCACCUGGGCCCAAAACCUUCUCACCUUACACGGGCAGAAACUCAAGAGCAGGUCAACAACAAUGCUACCGACCAUACAGCAGCUGUUGAAGAGCCUCCAGAAACACCAUGACGACCUGUCCAAACUAUGUGAUUGGAACAUCUACACUAUUCGCUACGCCAAGGCCCUUUCCAAACAGAGAGGUAUGAAGAGGACAGUGGAGGAUUCACUCAGUGAAGAAGGGGAUGGGUCAGAGAUCAUGGGCUCAGAGGAUGAGGAGGAAGAGGAAGAAGAGGAUAUGAUGAGCGAGCCGAUCCUUUUGGCCUGACCUUAUUAGAGGGGUGUUGGAAAACAGCUUUGUUGGACUGAACUGAUGAAGAUUGCUGUUGUUGUGGUCUUACAAUUGGCCACUGGAACCCACUUGUUAUUGAUUAUAUUUUGUUAUCGAUGCACCCAUUAAGAUUUUUGUACUGUAUGCUAUCUAAGACAUGUUUGUGUUAAAAAGUCAUUAAAAUGUUUAAACUUUUUUUUU